AUGGGUGGUCCAGCCAGAAAGAAGCCGCGGAUGGAGGAGGUUCCACCUCCAAAGGCACAGGGCCGCAGUGAUGGUGAGAAGGGAGCGACCAGCAGCAUUUUAGAUGAUUCUUUGUGUGCCAUGGAGGAAAAGGGGGCUGCGGAUGAAGAGGCCGUUGCGUGCCCCUUCACCGAGUCGUGUGCGUCCGACGAGGAAAAUGAGCUCUUGGCAGAGGGCGAAAAACUGAGCGGAGCCGCGUUGAAAAAGUUUCUGCAGCGCAACUUUAUCGACUACAUAGAUCAGAGGACACCAUUCUUUGCUGAGUUGGAGGAAAAAGACACGCGGGAACAUUCCUGUGGAGAGAAAUAA